AUGUCUAAGGAGCAUCAUCGUCAUCUAUUUCACCACAAGAAAGAGGAGGUGAGCAUAGAGUAUGGUGGUGAAGAUAAGUUUGAGAAGGUGAGAAAGGAGGAAAAACACCACAAGCAUUUGCAACAUGUUGUUGAACUAGGCGUUGUGGCUGCUGGAGGAUUUGCACUGUAUGAGAAGCACCAAGAAAAGAAAGAUCCAGAGAAUGCACACAGGCACACAAUAAAGGAGGAGAUUGCUACAGCUGUUGCUGUGGGUAGUGGUGGUUUUUCAUUCCAUGAACACCAUGAGAAGAAGAGAGACAAGAAAGAAGUUGGUGGCAAGAAGCAUCACCAUCUCUUUUAACAAUAAGUCUAUUAUAGAAAUAGAAAUAGAUUAUGUUUGUUUAAGUAUAGGAGCACCUUGGGAUUUUGUAUUUAAGCAUUAGGCUAUUUUGAAGAUGAUUCAUAUAGUGAGUAUAGACUUUGUAAGCCAUUUACACAUAGUGGGAACCGGUCUUGGAAUUUAGAAUUCCCCACCAAAAACAUUGGCAGUUGAAAAUGUUUAGUACUUGUAUUUCAUAUUUUAUUUAUUCAUGUUAAA